ACAUGGCCUCAGUGGUGGGAGGAAUCAUGGAUGCCCCGCCCCUUUCCCCUGGAGGGGCUAGGGCAGCAGGCCGUGACGCCAUCAGAGGGCGUCGGAGAAGAGACGGGACGGCACUUGGAGAUGUUGGAGUCGCUGUUGGCUCUUGGCGGCCUGGUGCUGCUUCGGGACUCUGUGGAGUGGGAGGGGCGCAGUCUCUUGAAGGCGCUUAUCAAGAAAUCGGCGCUGUGUGGAGAACAGAUCCAUAUACUAGGCUGUGAAGUGAGCGAGGAAGAGUUUCGUGAAGGUUUUGACUCCAGUAUCAACAGCCAGCUGGUUUACCAUGACCUCUUCAGAGACCCUCUUAACUGGUCAAACACUGGGGAAGCCCUUCCUGGAGGGGCCCUGGGAGUCUUAAGAGCCAUGUGCAGGAGGACAGGUUCUGGUCCUGUUACCAUUGCUCUUGAUUCACUUAGCUGGCUGCUGCUUCACCUUCCCUGCACCAUACUCUGCCAGACCUUGCAUGCUCUGAGCCAUCAGGACUCCCGCCAUGAUGACAGCUCCCCAGUAGAACACAUGCAUGUGCUGGGCCUGCUACAUGAAGAGCUUCAUGGCCCAGGCCCCGUGGAAGCAUUGAGCACCCUUGCUCAGACUGAGGUGACCCUGAGUGGUACAGGGGGCCAUACCUUGGCUCACAUUCUCUAUCGGAGGCCCCAACAGCACCCAACACAUAAGACUCAGUGGUUCUCCAUCCUGCCUGACUUCAGCCUGGAUCUCCAAGGGGAGUCUCCCCUAAAAUCCCAGCCCCACUCAGAUCCUCACAUACCCCGGAUGGAUCCCACUACACACUUGACCUUUAACCUUCAGCUGUCCAAGAAAGAGAAGGAAGCCAAAGAUAGCUUGACCCUGCCCUUCCAGUUCAGCUCUGAAAAACAGCAGGCUCUACUGUGCCAUGGUCUAGGCCAGGCCACCAGUCACAUCUUCUAUGAGCCAGAUGCUUAUGAUGACCUGGACCAAGAGGACCCAGAUGAUGACCUAGAUAUUUGACUAGACUGUAAUUGAAGGGGGCUCUGGGAAGACCUUGGGUCCAUAACCAUCGUUCCAUUGUUCAAGUUGACCUUACCUCAUCCCUGACCCAUCUUUGUUUCCUGUCUCUCUGGAUGCCCUACCCUAUGACCCAUGAGCCAGGGAGCAGCGUCCAGUCAGGACAAAAACUGGGGUGGGGGCAGAGGGGAAAAAGAGAGACUAGGAGAUCUACCCCCCCCCCCAGCCUAAUA